AUGGCUAAGGUUAAAAUUAAGGAGAAAUAAGUAAUAGAUGAGGUUUAUUCAAAUAGAAAUCACCAAGUUAAGAUAAGAAAAAGGCAAAGAAGGAUAAGAAAGAGAAAAAAGAAAAGAAAGAUAAAAAAGAUAAACAUAUAAAAAAAGAUAAAAAAUAGAAAAAUGAUACAAUUAAGAAGAAACCAAAGAAGAAUUAAUGGGGUAAAUAUGGUACUAUCAGGUUAUGUAUUUUUAAUAUUAAAGUAAUACAGAUAUGUAUUUAAAACGUGAAGAGUUUUUAAUGUGGUUAUCUGAUGUUAAAAUCUUAAAUGUUGAAGAAAUUACUCCUUAGGAAGAGAAGAAAUAUUUUGAAGAAUAUGUGGAAUGCUAUAAUACAGCAACAUUUCCAUCAUAAAAAUUUUAUAAUUUCAAAGUAUGGUUUGAAAAAGAAUAACUUAAAGAAAAAAUACAAUAGGCUGAAAUAGAAAUGCAAACCUUUGAUGAUGAAAAAGAAAAAUAGUAUUAAAAUAUUUGAAUUAUCUUUAGAAAAGAAUAUUAAGAAUAAAAGGAAUUGAUAAAAAAAUAAAAAUUAUAAAGAGAAUAUUAACAUUUACAUGAAUUUCAAAAUAUUGUAAUUAUAUUAGUAUCUAUUAAGGCACAAGACAUGCAAAAAUAAAAGCAAAUUUAAGAUCUCGUUAGACAUUACAAUUCGAUGGGUAAUCAUGAGGUAGCCAUGAGAUACUAUAAAUAAUUAAAUCCCAUUCAUACUAUUGAUGCUCCUCCAAUGUAAUAAUAACCUCCAAUGGAAUACGAUUAUGACUAUGACAAUUUCUGA